AACGAGAACAAAACUCCGAAUAGUAUCUGAGAGACAGAAACAAGGCGAAAGAAGAGUGCAGAGUUGUUCAGUGAUUUGGCUGCUGCCCUUCUGCAUUCUUUUUGCUUGUUUAUUUAUUUUGUUGUGUGCUUCACUUGCUGCUCGCUUGCUGCUUGCUGCACAGCCAAAAAGUAGCCACGGCUGCAGGGCCAGUUUGUAUUCCAUAGGCACAGAUACACAGAUACGAACACACAUUCACACUCACACAUAUACCUGGUCAGUGUCUGUCUCCUUGGAGGUGCCUGUGUGCAGAAAACCUGUUCGCUUGCUCGGGCGUGUUUUAUGCUGUGUAUCUGUGUAUACGAAAUUAUUCAAAUAAGAAAAUCGUCGUCGCCGGUGCCGAAGCAGCUCGCUUCUCGUCCUUUUUGUCGUAUCAGUCGCCAAACAAAAAAAAAACGAAUAAAUAAAAAAUAAAAACAACCAAAAAAUCAAGAAAAACUCGCAUUUGAAAUCGCAGGUCGCAACUCGUUUUUGGCGAGCUUUGCAGUUGAAAUUAGCAGUAACUGCAGCUGGUUUCGUUCUCUGCUGGCCACACAAAUGUGCAUCUACGAUGGCCACAUUGGGCCUGUCAAAAGUCUUCAUACUGGAUAAAUAUUUCACCGAAUUGCAAAAAUUUUGGGAGACCGAGAAGAAGCUGCAGGAUGCAUCAUCGUCCAAUGAGGCAGUGCAUCUGCAGCAGCGGCUCAAGAGCUUAAGCACUGAGCUGCUGGUCAUGCGCAAUCGUCUCCAUGUGGAGGGUCAGGUUCAAGGUCGGACCAAUGAUGCACAGCAUCCCAGCAUUGGAGGCGUUGCGAUUGGUACUGCUAAUGCCGGUUCUGGUGGUGGUGGUGGUAGUGGUGGCGCCAAAGCAGCCAAUUACGAUUUGAAUGCAUCCAGUCCGAAUUUAAAUCUGGGCUCCGGCGGACUUUUAGCGAAUGCAUUGCAGCAGCACGGAAAUGGGCAACACACACUGCCCAAACAUUCGUACAACUUCAGCCAAACGUUGCCGAGUAAUUCCGGCUCGGGUGCCAUCAUCUCGGCGAGAAAUACAUCCAUUCCGCAUCCGCUGCCGCAUCAGCUGGGCGACAAGUCCUCGUUGAGCCACCACAAGAGCAACAGUGCGAGUCUGAAUGGCAACGGUUUGUUACCGCCGGCACCUCUGCCACACGGCCUCAACUUCAGCUCCAGCUCCCACACGCUGCCCAUGCGCUCCUCUGCUGCAACAGCUCUGGCGGCAUCAGUGGCUUCCCAGCAACAGCAUCAGCAGCAGCAUUGCCUUCAGUUCCCCUCAGCCAAGCAUGUUAAUCCUUGCCAGAGUGUGAAAACAUUGCCGUUCGGCUUUGGUUUUGCUGGCGCUGGUGUCAAGUUGCAUUCAACUGGUCGUCCGCCCAAGGAUAUGCAGGACCUGAUCCAUCUGGCUGGCCCACUAACAGAACAUGCCGUUAUGCACACGCUCCAGGCCCGCUUCAGCGAACAGCGUUAUUUCACGAAUGUGGGACCGAUUCUGCUCUCGAUCAAUCCCUAUUUGGAUGUGGGCAAUCCACUGACCUUGACCUCUACGCGCGAUCUGCCGCUAGCACCUCAACUGCAGAAGAUCGUGCAGGAGGCAGUGCGUCAGCAGAGCGAGACGGGCUAUCCGCAGGCCAUCAUACUUUCGGGCACGAGUGGCGCCGGGAAGACGGCAAAUGCGAUGCUGAUGCUUCGCCAGCUGUUUGCUAUUGCCGGCGGUGGACCGGAGACAGAUGCAUUUAAGCAUUUGGCUGCUGCUUUUACUGUGCUGCGCUCCCUGGGAUCCGCGAAGACGACAACCAACUCGGAGUCGAGUCGCAUUGGCCAGUUCAUCGAGGUGCAGGUGACGGAUGGCGCACUCUAUCGCACCAAGAUACACUGCUAUUUCCUGGACCAGACACGCGUCAUUCGGCCCCUGCCCAAGGAGAAGAACUAUCACAUCUUCUACCAGCUGCUAGCUGGGCUGAGUCGCGACGAGCGACAGAAACUGCAUCUUGAGGGCUACUCGCCGACAAAUCUGCGUUAUUUGCGCGGCGACAUCGCCCAGAACGAACAGGAGGACGCUGUGCGUUUUCAGGCCUGGAAGACCUGCUUGGGCAUUUUGGGAAUACCCUUUCUGGAUGUGGUUCGUGUACUCGCUGCUGUGCUAUUGCUCGGCAACGUUCAGUUUAUCGAUGGCGGGGGCCUCGAGGUAGAUGUGAAAGGCGAGACUGAACUCAAUUCGGUUGCCAGUCUGUUGGGAGUGCCGCCGGCGGCUCUCUUCCGCGGUCUGACCACACGCACCCACAAUGUCCGAGGCCAGCUGGUGAAGUCUGUGUGCGGCGAUGGGGAUGCGAACAUGACGCGUGACUGCUUGGCCAAGGCGCUCUACUGCCGCCUGGUUGCAACGAUUGUGAGGCGAGCGAACAGCCUGAAGCGACUCGGGUCCACUCUGGGCACGCUGAGCUCAGACUCCAAUGAGUCGGUGCACAAUCAGGCGGAUGCUGCAUCCCAGCAUGCAUCGACCAUUGGCGGUGGGAAUGCUGGCUCUAAGUCGAUGGCUGCUUUGAAUAAUGCUGUGCGGCAUGCAACGGAUGGGUUCAUUGGUAUACUGGAUAUGUUUGGCUUCGAGGAGCCAUCGCCGCAUGCCCAGCUGGAGCAUUUGUGCAUUAAUCUCUGUGCGGAGACAAUGCAGCAUUUCUACAAUACACACAUCUUCAAGUCGUCGGUGGAGUCGUGCCGGGAUGAGGGCAUCGUCUGUGACACGGAGGUGGACUAUGUGGACAAUGUGCCAUGCAUCGAUUUGAUAUCGUCGCUGCGCACAGGACUGCUCAGCCUCCUGGAUAUGGAGUGCUCGGUGCGGGGCACAGCCGAGAACUAUGUGACCAAGUUGAAGGUACAGCAUCGCUGCUCCACCCGCCUGGAGCCAAGAACUGCCACAGAGCCGGAUGAUCCGCGUCUCUUUGCCAUCCGACACUUUGCGGGGCGGGUGGAGUACGACACCACUGAUUUCCUGGACACGAAUCGGGAUGUGGUGCCCGAUGAUCUGGUUGCCGUAUUCUACAAGCAUAGCUGCAAUUUCGGAUUUGCCACGCAUCUGUUUGGCUCGGAGUUAAAGGCGCUGUAUGCCCAGCAGCAGGUGCCGAGGGGCCUUAGUUUUCGCAUCUCACCCACCUCGCACUCGGACCUUCUUAAUGGGGAUGAGCCGGUAUCCACACUGACCCAAGACUUUCACACCCGGCUGGAUAAUUUGCUGCGAACUUUAGUCCAUGCCCGGCCACAUUUUGUCCGCUGCAUCCGCAGCAACACGUCGGAGCAGGCGGGCAGAUUCGAGCGGGCGACGGUGGUGCGUCAGAUAAGAUCACUGCAGGUGCUGGAGACGGUGAAUCUGAUGGCCUCUGGUUUUCCUCAUCGGAUGCGCUUCAAGCAGUUUAAUGCACGCUAUCGCAUGCUGGCUCCGUUCCGGCUGCUGCGACGCAUCGAAGACAAAGCUCUCGAGGAUUGCCAGCUGAUACUGCAAUAUGCCAUGGGCAUUGAGCAGCCACCGGUUCUGGAUGGCUCUGUGACAUUGGCAUGGGCGCCGGGCAAGCGUCAUGUGUUCAUUAGCGAGGGCAUACGCCAGCAUUUGGAGCACCUGCGCACCGAGAUUAGGCACAAGAGCGCCACACGGAUGCAGGCAACAUGGCGUGGCUGGUGCUGGCGCAAGAAGAUGGGCAACAGCCUGAAGCGUCCGUGUGCCAUCGAUGCUGGUCUGAUCUCUGCCCUGCCAGCCAUCGCCAAUUCCUGUGCCAAGCUCGCCAGUGCUCACAACAAUCCGAAUGGAAAGGCAACUUCAGCUGCGAUGGCAGCUUUGGCAGCGGUUGCUGCAGCUGCUCCCAAUACGGUUCCUCGCCUGUCUGCAAAAUCCACAAAUCUCAAUACAAGUCCCGGCAUUGUUGGCACUGUGACCCGGCCACGACCUCAGCCGAUUGCCGGCACCCCGCCACCCGAUCCACAUGAGAAAUGCGACCAGAAGAUUUUACAGCAAACAUGUACUCUUUUCGGAUUAGAUUUGGAACGCCCGCCACCCGUUCCUCCCUCACGGGCAUACACCAUCACAGCCAAUUCGAAGAAGCUCGGCUAUCCGCAAAGUCGCAUCAUGAAAAUGAAUUUUCCCGAGGAUGCCGUCGCUAAUCCGUCAGCAGCCCUCCAGCCAACUCCACCACAGGCCACAUCCAACGAGCUGCAGCACUUGAAAAAAGGCGAGACCGUAACGGUCGUGGGUGCCUCCAGUGGACGGGGUCAUUUGAUAGUGGAGCACAAGGGUCAGAGCUAUCUGGUGCCCUUCCAGUAUAUGGAACUAUCUGGCCAAACAGUUGCAUCCACCAAUAAUGCCACCAGCAACAACUGCAACAUGACCAUUCCACCCGCUUCGAUGACGACUGGGCAGCCAAAUGGGGUCAAAAUUUGAUACACAGAGUUAUCAACUAACUCAGGUGCUCUUAGGGCAUCAAUCACUGGAUCGAAGACUGUAAAUAUAAUUAAAGGAGAUUUGCGAGGACAGAAACAGUUUGUGCUUACCCCUGAGUAUUGUCAAAACAAUGUAAUUUGAUUUAAGAUUACGUUUCGUAGUAUUAUUUUUGUGUGCUUAUCCAUUUAACGAUAGGUUGUAGCUUCCAGUGCCAAUCAAGUGAGUUCUUCCAAUAUUAAUAAAAAUAUGCUCUAAGAUUUCGUUAUAAUAAAUACUACUACUAUUAUAAAGUAAUAAAUGCAAUUAGUAUUCAUAUCAUAUUCAUGCCUGACACACUUAAGGAUUGAUUCAUCAUUAAUCGAAAUAAAGAGAAAUCAAACUGGCGGUUUUUUCUUAUUGUUAUUCAUUCGCAGACGACGAAGCCUGCUAUAAAUACAUAGUUAAGUAAACUAUAAUUAUAAAUUAGUACAUAUGUGUGUAGUUGUACGAUUU